AUGUCAACCCUAGAAGAACCGGCUUCCACAAUCGGAUCUUUAAUGAGCCAAGUCUCCCACACUCCCCAAAACCCAUUCGACAAUCUCUCGGUGGAAGUGAUCAGGUUGAUCGCGGCCUCCGCCGAAGGACCGGAGGACAACGCCGCUCUUUCCCUCUGCAAUAGGGAGUUAGAGUGUAUCCUGUCAGCGGGCUUCGAAAUCCCGGAAGUCACCGCCUACGUGGCCGCAACUAGUCUUGACAGGAACUUGAUUCUUAGGACUAUUCGGAGGCAUGGACGGGAGUCAAUGAUUCGUGGAUUAACCCGCACUGUCGCCAACAACAUCUACCCCAUUAACUACUUCUACCCUGCGCACGAUGUAUACGCUCUGGAUAUCCUGGCACAGAGCAACCGCACUGACCUCUUGCUCCUCCUGGAACCAUUCCUUACACCUGGCGACCCCAGUAUUCUGGCCGCUUUCAAAGGAGCAGUGUCGUUUAAAAAUCAACAGCUUAUCGACAUCUACCUUCCAAUCCUCAACGAGCGUACAGUCGAUGCGUUUGCUUACGCCUGUAUCUUUGGGACUGCUACCAUCUCCGCUGCAGUUCUGGCCUACAUUCCGAACGAGCUUCGGGCCGAGGCGUGCUCGUCCGCUCUUGAGAUGGCGGUAACCUCCGGUAAGGCCGACAUUCUCCAGGUUCUGGUAGACGGGGGUGCCGAUAUCGAUAUGGUGUUUACCGAAGGCGAUGACUACAUGGACAAACGUACUGCGCUGCAUUGGCUUGCGAUGUAUGGGCUUUCGCAGAACGAGAACAAGCCUUUCCUCCAAAUGCUGCAGAUUAUUACCUCAGCUGGAGCGAACGUGAACGUACUCGACUCCGAAGGGCGCACCCCACUACACGAAUUUUCUCUAAUGGGCUCAAAUAUGGUGAACCGUCUUCUCGCUUUCGAGGAUGAGAUUCCCAAUGAGAGCCCUGAUUGGGUCUACCGAUGUGCGUUGAAUUGCCUAAUCGACCCCGGUGCGGAUAUAAACACCCAGGACGACCUCGGGAUGACCCCGUUGCAUCUAGCUAUGUCUACCCGAGAGACAGUUAUGAUAGAUGUGCUCCUUCGCCAUGGAGUAAACGCUCUCAUCAAGAACAACGAGGGGGUUCGGGCAAGCAUGGUACAUGGUCAGAGGAUGGCUCCUCACGCGAUAGAUAUCCAAGUGUGGAAAUAUGAGGCUGAGCAAUUAAAGCGGUUUGAUCCGAGGUGGAUUGCGGUUCUCUAA